CGAAGGCGUAUUGGCUGCUGAUCGCAAGGACUGGGCGGCAGCCCUUAAAGCCUUCAUGUCUGUUGAGAAUCCUUCUUCCAAAAUCUGCUUUAACAUUGGCUGCAUCCACCUGAUCAUGAAGAAUUUGGAAGAGGCACAAAAGGCAACCAAGUCUAAGAGGAUUCAAAAUGAUGAAUUUAUACAUUGUGUGGCACAGUCCUGAACUAAAUAUAUGGCAAGACUCAUAGAUAUUGUAUGUUGAUGAAAAACUUGCAACCCAGGAAUCAUAAGCUAAGUAGAUCAGAGUUCCCCAACCUUUCUGGCUUUGUGGACCAGUGUGGGGUCGAGGGGAGAGGGGAUAGUUUAGCGCAAGUGGUGAGCAAGCACACAUGUGCGUAGCUCCAUUUGCAAGAAGUGGUGGACUUGUACUCUUGCUGCUCACUCAAAUGGAGCGCAUGCACACACACACUUGCCCACUGCUCGCACAGGGGGGAUGCGCAUAUGCCAGCCAUUUCAGGUGGCCCAGUUUUGAACAGCUUAUGGCCCACUAGUGGGCCAUAGCCUGGGGUUUGGGGACCCCUGUAGUAAUAUUAUGGAUGCACUUACAUGACAGCAAUUAUGUCUGUGUAUUAUGUCUGUUUCCUCCAGGCUUUUAUCAGAAGCACAGACCAUGACAAGCACUUAGCGGUAGCCUAUUUUCAGCGAGGAGCUGUGGCUUACCAAAUGGAAAAUUAUGAAUUAGCUAUUACUGAUUUACAAGAGGCCUUGGCUCAACUACGGGGGAAUGACCUUAUAGAUUACAAGAUUCUAGGCCUGCAGUUUAAGUUGCUUGCUUGUGAGCUGUUAUACAAUACCGCUCUUGCCUACGCUAAGCUGGAAGACUGGAAAAAAGCUGAGGAGCAUUUGACAAGAGCAAUAAAACAGAGGAUGGGCUCCAGGCACAACAAGAUAGAUAAGGCUAUGGAAUCCAUCUUGAAGCAAAGAUUGUUUGAACCCAUAGUGAUCCCUGAAGGAAAGUUAUUUCGGCCAAACGAAAAGCAUGUGGCACAGCUGGAGAAGAAAGAUUAUUUAGGGAAAGCCACGGUUGUGGCAUCUGUGAUAGACAAUGAUGACUUUUCAGGUUUUGCUCCUCUUCAGCCCCAGACAUCAGAUCCACCUCCCAGACCUAAAACACCAGAAGUCCUCAGGGCGCUGCAAGGAGAACCUCACAGAGUUUUGUAUGAAUUUAUUCCUGAAACUUCAGAAGAGCUUCAAGUCGUUCCUGGAAACAUUGUUUUUGUUUUGAGAAAGGAGCAAGACAACUGGGCUACUGUUGUGUUUAAUGGAAAGAAAGGGAUUGUGCCUUGUAACUACUUACAGCCAAUGGGACUGCAGAACCAGCCUAUAUUCCAGGAAGAAAACAACAAAGAUAUGGAUAUCCCUGCUCCACCAAGCAUUGCUGCUCCAGGUUUCCCCAAUCUUCCUUCAAGUCACAGAAGAGAACUGAAGUUUGAUGCAUCUCCAACACCUUAUAUCAUCAAAGUACAUUACAAAUUCACAAUAGCCCUGCAUGUGAGUCCCAACCUAUCUUACAGCAGCCUGUUAGAGAAGGUGUGUAAGAAACUGGAACUCUCUCCUGAACACACAACACUGAGCUACCAGACAACAGAUGGCAAAGAUCAGGUUCUGAAUGAAAAGGGAAUGGCAACCUUAUGGAACCAUGCAAAGAACAACUGCUUGACAUUGUGGUGUACCACCAAUGAGAUCAGCAAAGAUAAUUUAAUGGAAAAUGGUGAGGACGCACAGCAGAAAAUACUAACAGAGAUUGAAUCAAAUCAAGUUAUAGCACGUUAUACAUACGAAGCCACUCAGGCAGAAGAUCUGGAGUUUCAGAAAGGGGACACAAUUGUUGUUCUGGCCAAAGUGAAUGAAGAGUGGUUGGAAGGCACGUGCAAUGGGAAAGUGGGCAUUUUCCCCAAAGCAUUCAUUGAAGAAUACCACAGUCAAAAUCUAGACAAUAUCUCUGAAGAAUAAGUUGAAGCCCCACAAAGAACUGAGAAAAUCAUUAUUUUUUUCAAAGCAACUCAUUCAUUAUAUCAAAGUUUUUCCUUGCCGAUUGAAGCUCUUAUUUUUUUUCUUGCUAUUAUUUUGAUUGUGUAUUAUGCUUAAAUGCUUAUCAUUUAUAACUUUCCUAUAUUAUACCUUACCUAAAGUGGCAGCUAUUUGCAACUGGAUCUAUGUUUAAUAGCAGUAUUUUAGUCUCCAUCUCUGACAAUGUUCUUUACUGUCAAUAGAGUCAUCAUGUCCAAACAUAGGAAAAAUGUAUCUUUCAGAUCACAAAAUGUUUGGCUACCUUGUGUUAUGGCAAAUAAUGUUAAGUACUACAUAGCAGAAACAAAUAAUGGGCCAUGGAAGAAAAAUGGGCAGCUACAGCUGCCUCAAUUUCUGCUUCAAAGAUACCCUUCAAAGGUACAUGUGCAAAUCUAAGAUUGAACCGCCAAAUCUUAGAUGAGAGCUGGAAUGAUGGAAAAGCAUAAUCUGAAGGUAUUCCAUCUCUAACAAGUGAUAAUCAUUCAUUCAUUCAUUCAUUCAUUCAUUCAUUCAUUAGCUCAACUGCUAUGUAGUGUUUUACUGAAAUAAAAUUACAUUUAAGGUUGUUGAAAAGCAGUACAAUGUUCAAGUGUUUGAUUUUUGCCAGUACUUUUUCAAAAAUUGUAGUUUUGUUAUUUUCUUUAUAAAACACAAUGUGUAUUUUUUCAACUACUAUUAACACAAAAAGUAACUCCUUAAUAAAAGGACUACUACUUGUAGUAGAUUAGUCUGCCAAACCUUAGCUAUCCAACUCUAGAAAUCCAUUUAGUACUAAGUGUGUGUGUCUCUUAAACAUUGCCAAGUCUUCUGUCACACUCGGUAAUUGAAAUAAUACAACAUAGCUUGUAUAUAGCUUUUUUCUUGAUGUAGAAGAUGCAACCUUGUUUACUGUGCUUUGUCAUAUGCAACUUCACUUGCUGUAUGCAUUACUCUAUAAAUCCCUUCUACUUGUUAGUAGAGAUAUCCUCUGCCACAAAGAAAUCAAUUGAGUUUCAUCAACAAGAAAUAAUUGGUUAAAGAAAUGUUACUACACGAGGUUGGCUGUAGAGAACAUGGUUUAAUUAAAGGCAAAGCUGAGUUCAGCAGCUGCAGGUCUCGCACAGACAGACAAAAACACAAAAGAAGCUUACGACACAAACCAAUUUUCUCUGCUGGGAGUUCCCCUUCUCUUGGGGUUCUAGCCACAGCAGGGCGUGUGUGUAAAAGGGUGGACGGGGGAAGGGAGCUCUGCCUUAAAGAUUCCCCCCCCCAAAAAAGAACAUUCCAAACACCAGAUUUCUCAUGCAGAAAUGGGAACCGAUGGGUCGGGAUUCUGGCACUGUGGAGAGUGUGAGAUCAUGAAUCUGGUUAGGUUGUCUAGAGUGCAAGAAUCAGUGGCUGUUCAAACACUGGAAUGUUGCAGCUGCUGGGGUGCACAGCUCAAAUACACAAACCUGGGGAAAGGGACAGGGGCAGAAGCUGGCUUGGGAGGGGGCAGGGAGCCAAAGAAGCACAACUAGGGCAAGAACUUCAUCCUUGAGGGUUUUUUUUUUUUUUUAAAAGUUUUCUAAAGAAAGUUUUUUUAAGCAAUAUAACCCAGAGCAGCAACACUGCUUGCACGGGGAGUUUCAAUUCCUAUCUAGAGAGAGCAUUACCUCAUUCAGCUUCUUUUUUAUAUAUAGUCUAUUUGGGGCUGUUCCCCAACUCCAGUAUCACUUGUGGACUCCGGAUGUGCUUUGCUCUGCAGCUGUUUUCUUGUGGUUCACAGAUCCUGAACUGAUACACAUACACAUACACACUCCGGCAUUUGCAACAGUUUAAAACAUUUAGAUUGUUUCCAUAGGUACCCCGGGAAACAAACAAACAAAAAAAUUUUUUUUAAAAAGGUAAGGUAAGGGAAAAAAAGAAAGAAAUGUCCUUGUUUCCUAUGCAAGAAGAGUUGCAGCCUUCCUUCUGCUCAAUAAAUAUCAAGUUCAACCUUUCCCCCCUUUCUGCAUCCUUGUAGGAACAAGUGGGACUGAUAGCUGACUGCAUGGGCUCCCUCUUAGGCAUCUGGUUGCCUUGAGCUUCCAUUCUGUGGACAUAUCCUUACUGGCAGAAGAGACUGCCUCUAUUGUCCUGUCCAGGCUAAUUCCUUUGCUUCCCAUUAUCCUGCUAGAAGUUGGUGGGAUGCUGCAUAUGAAGAACAGAACUACAAGCAACCAGCAGGGUUGGGAUAGGCUAGAAAAAGGGGCCGGGAGGGGAAAAAAAAAAAAA